AUGGGCGAACGCAAUACAUCAACUGCGGUUGCUACCGGCCAAGCGGUGGAAUUAAAAAAGCAGAUAUCGUUAUUCGACUGUGUUACUCUUAUAGUUGGAACUGUGAUAGGGGCUGGAAUUUUUGUCUCUCCUGUAGGAAUCCUCCUUAAUGUACAGUCAGUUGGAAUGUCCAUAAUUCUAUGGGCAGCAUGUGGACUUUAUUCCGGUCUCUGUGCUAUGUGUUUCGCGGAACUGGGAGCUGCUAUGCCAGUAACUGGUGGUGAAUAUAUGUAUAUUUACACUGCAUUCGGUGAUUUUGCUGGAUUUUUAUGCUUAUGGAUAUAUAUUACUAUAAAUUACUGUGUGGGUUAUGCUGCUCUAUGUUUGGUAUUCUCGACCUAUAUUUUACAACCGUUAUAUAUGACAUGUGAAGUACCCGUUAUCGUUAUAAGAUUACUCAGUGUAUUAAUAUACACGUUGUUAACAACAUUGAAUUGUCGAAACGUGAAAUGGGUGACUAAGUUACAAGCGGUAACAACGGGUGCAGCUUUAACAGCUCUGGUUGGGAUAGUCAUUAUUGGUGUUGUAUGGAUCAUCAAAGGAGAAACUGGGCGAUUCGAGAAUGCAUUUGAAGGCAGUGACUACAGUCCAGGGAAAAUUACCAUUGGUUUUUAUUCGGGAAUAUUUGCAUACUCUGGAUGGAACAAUGUAUGUAUGAUUGCUUCUGAGAUAGUCAAACCACAACGAAACAUUCCCCUGUCUAUCAUAAUAUCAUUGUCAAUCGUAACCCUGGUGUAUAUAGCUGUUAAUAUAGGAUAUUUUGCUGUUUUAACACCAAGUCAAAUGAUCAAAUCAUCCGCCGUGGCUGUAACUUUCGCUGAACAUACCCUGGGGAAAGGAUCCUUUGUGAUGUCAAUUCUCAUAGCUUCAGCAGUAGUUGGUACGCUAAACGGCUCCAUGUUAGCAUUUUCCAGGCUCAUCUAUAUGGGUGCAAAUAAUAACCACGUGCCUCAAUUUAUUGGUAUGCUCAGUAUAAAGAAUAAAACACCUUCUCCUUCUCUUAUGUUUAUCUGUUUAAUAGUGCUAAUAUUACAAUAUUUUGAAGAAGUGUUUUACCUAAUUGAAUUAUCAGGAUUUGGUUCAGCAACAGUUAUAUCAGCAACAUUAGCUGCACUCUUAAAACUCAGGUGGAAAAAUAAACUAGAUAGACCCUUCAAACUUCAUAUCAGUAUACCAAUAAUAAUGUUUAUAACUAGUCUUAUGAUAGCCUGUUUAACAAUUUAUCAAAAACCUACAGAAAGUGGCUAUGCUAUAUUGACAAUAGCUCUGGGUGUGCCUUAUUAUUUAUUUACUGUGCUCUGGAAAGAUAAACCAGUUUGUUUACAGAGGAAGCUAAGUAAGUAUAAGAUUCAAUAA